CCGCCGGCCCGCCCCUCCUUGGCGGUGCCCGCUGCCGCGCACGGGGCUCGAAAGAUGGAGAACUACGGUCGGUUCUUGGCGCUGCUGGCCUCUACGCUGCUGGUCGGCUUCUUGUCGGUCAUCCUCUCCCUCGUCUGGGUCUUCCACUACCGCGAGGGGCUGAGCUGGGACGGCGGCCCGGGGGAAUUCAACUGGCACCCCGUCCUCAUCAUCACGGGCUUCGUCUUCAUCCAGGGCAUCGCUAUUAUUGUGUACAGAUUGCCCUGGACCUGGAAAUGCAGCAAACUCCUAAUGAAGUUCAUACAUGCUGGAUUAAAUACCAUAGCUAUGAUUCUUGCAAUUGUUUCUAUGGUAGCUGUGUUUGAAUUCCACAAUGCCAAGAACAUUCCUAACAUGUACAGUCUGCACAGCUGGAUUGGGCUGACUGCUGUUAUAUUUUAUUCUCUCCAGCUUUUCUUGGGUUUUGCUGUCUUUCUGCUCCCAUUUGCUCCAGUUCAUCUCCGUGCAGCUCUCAUGCCAAUACACAUUUAUUCGGGUCUUACCAUCUUUGCAACAGUGAUUGCAACAGCUCUCAUGGGAAUCACAGAAAAGCUUAUAUUUGCAUUGAACCGUCCUGCAUACAGAGAAUCCCCACCAGAAGCAAAUUUGGUCAACAGUCUUGGUCUUUUGCUUGUCGUAUUUGGUUCACUUAUUUUGUGGAUCGCAAGCAGGCCCCACUGGAAGCGGCCCCCGGCAGAGAAUGCUAAAAUUCUGAGGCCCAUUGGAGCAACUCCUGAAGGCACAGAAGUAGAAUCCACAAUGACAAACAGUAGUAAUGCAGAUAAAUCUGAUCUGAGGGGCGAUACUGAAGCAGCCAGAAAACAAAACAUCAAAUUUGAUGAAGCAGAACAAAGACCAACUAUGUAAAGAAAAUACGCAAAUUAAAAGUACUAUUAUACCUCCAAAUUCCCUCUGGUGAGGGUCCUUCUAAUUUAGUUACAUUGACAUGUAAGGAGGUUGGGGGUUCAUUUUUAGUAUGGCUUGCUGAAAGAUACUCAAGUUUUCUGUAUAUGAAUUUAAAGUCCUGUAAGUCCCAAACAUAUUUUAUUGGUCCAUGACUAGUCCAUGCCUUGUUGAAAAAAACAAGAGCAUGAAUGACAUCACAUAAUAGGGAAAAUCACAUAAUUGGAAACUGUCUUCCUAAUCACUUUUUAACUUAAUGCUUAUAUCUCUUACAGUCAUGAAAAAUUUAACAAGAUUCAGACUAAAUUUUGAGUGAUUUUGCAGGUUUUGAAUCAGCCAUGAAGUAUACCAGACAGAAAAAUUUAGUUUGUCACACAUAAAUUUUCUGGUAAUGUUCGCUUUUUUAAAGCUCUGAUUUCUCUAGCUGAUUAACCCCUCCACCAGCUGCUAUGUUCUGUGGGGUUUGAGGUCAUUCUGCACUUUAUAGAGUUGCCUCAUAAAAAUGUUUAUUACAAAAUUUUUAGUUAAAAAAUAAAUAGAAGUUUGCUUGAUACCUUCGUAGAAUAUUACAUUUCCUUUAGAAACUUCUGGGGGCUUUUGGUCUUGUUUUUUUUAAAUCAGAAUGUAUCUGUUGACCUUCUAACAAAUUCUACCAACUAUAUUGUAUACAAUAUAGACAAUAUUUGGCUUUGAAUUAUGUGCAAUUAUUAUUGAAAUUUAAGGAAAUUUUAAGACAUCCAAAUGCAGAAUUUGUCUUAUUUGAAAAGCUAUAGAAACACACUUAGAAAAAUGUAUCACUUAAACGAAGUCCUCCUUUUAUUCCAGAAGGCAGCAAUUUAGCAUCUUUAUUUGAUUGCACAGUUCUGCUGAUCUAUGGUACUAGACUAGAAAUUAGGGGGUUAGAAAGCAGAAAAAUCUGCUAUCAGUCUGACAGAAAAAAAAUAAUCUAAAAGUGAGAAAUGCUUUCUCCAAGACACAGGUGAGCUUUGCUGUUUAAAUAAGAUGCUACCUGUUAACUGAAAGCAAAUUUGGGUAUUUCCACACUGACAUCAAAAGCAUUAUCACAGACACAAAGACAUGCUUUAGUUUAUAAGCAAUCUAUACAAACUUUAUUAAUUUGUAAUUUGAAAUUAUAGCUUUAAAUAAUGUAAUUUUCUCUAAAUAAUGAAGAGUCCCUAUCGGCACUUUACUUUUAUAGCUCUUUCUAGUAAUUGAAGUAUUAAUGUAUUAUGCUCAUUCAUUAAUCUCACAGAUACAAACAAUGUUUAUACUAUUACUACUAUAUUAGAUAUAGCAGAUUAUUUGGACUGCACAAGUCCAAAAUGAUGAACCAUUCUGUUAUCUCUUGUAAAAGCUGCAAAGCCCACUAGAAAUAAGAAUUUACCACUGUUCAUGUUGGAAUAGAGAUUGUUUCAGUCAGCAUAUAAUUUCCUAUUUUUAAAUACCAUAUAAGUUUUUAUCUACUUCAGCUUUUAAAAACGUUUUAAUACAUUACCCUUCAACAAAUAAGCCAUUUUUGUAGUCAACUGUGUGCUAGUAUGAAGUAUUUUGGAUGAGUUACUUUGGGUCUUCUUGGACAAGAAGCACUGCAGUUCCUGUUAUUUGAUUUGUAAUAAUAUUUCAUUAUUUGGUGAAUGCAGUACAGAAAGCUAGCAUAAUAAAAUGUUUUUAAAACUUUUCAGCUCUACCAUUUGGUACUCAAGGAUUACAUACCACAGCUCUGUUUUCCCUUAUAGGUUUGUGAAUGACUGGGACCACCCUCACAUUGGUGUAUUUUUCCACUGUAGCAAAUACCUGCUUUUAAUGUACAAUUCAGGUAUGACAGAAGGAACACUAACCUAAACUACUAAACUAUUGUGUGAGCACUCCUCUAGUCCCACUAUGUGCAAUGAAUCAAACAGUAUGACAGGGGAAGUGAAUAAAUGAGCUCACUUGCAGUAAUUUGCUAUGCAGCUUUCUAUACUGCACUCACACAGGCAACAGCAUUUUCAAUUGUUAUGUACUGGCUUGUUACUGUGUCUCAUCCACCUGUGAAAAUGAGCUCACUCAAUCCUUGCAUAGUACUAGGUCACAUAAUAAAAUCAUGUUUGUAUGGAAAGUAGUCAGUCGCCUAGGGAUUGUUCUGGAAGAAACUAACUGUACAGUAUAUGGAAAAAAUACAAAAUAUGACUUCUUUUGUUACAGUACUGAGUUGAAUGUAUUGAAAUGAACAGCUUUUAGGUGGUUGGUUCUACAUGCUGUUAAAGUUAAGCUAUAAUAACCAGUAUGCCUUCUGGUUUCUGUUGUAUUCCAUGUACUGUUCAAGGGGAAUGAUACCUGAAAAAAGAAUGGUGGCAUUCCUUUACUUCUCUAUUCUCGUGAAGGGCAAGGUACAAGUAACACCAGGCUGUGGGUUCAAACCCCAUAUGGGCCAUUUGCUUAAGGGUUGGACUUGAUCCUUCUGGGUCCCUUCCAAUUCCAACCAUUCUGUGAUAUAAAACUAACUCAAAAUCAAGGAUUAGCAACCUUUUGACAACAGACAUUUGGGUUAAUUCUAAACUGAUUAAAAAGCCCUCCAAGUAUCCCUGCAAAAAAUGAGGUUAGUUCAAUGCUAAAUAAAAAAGACAUAGGUGUUUGGAGAGUAAUAGUCCUAAACCUGCUCCUUAAAGUGUCCUUCCAUUAACUUUCCUUUCAUGCAAAUUUUCUUACCUGUAUUUAUGAGUAACAUAAAUACAGUAGCAACAUAGGAAGUGAAAAAAAUGUAUUUUCAAAGAUGCAAAUGGAAGGUAGAACUCUAACUUUCUCACUGAGAUUUUUCUGCAUGUUUGGAAAUCACCUACAUGGUUGUUUUUACAGGAAGAUGAUUGCAGAGCUUACAUUCUAGGUUUGGAUUCCAAUAAAAACAGGAAA